GUGCUCCAGUUGCUCCUGAAAUGGAAACCAUUCAUUGCAAUGUUUAGGAAUCCAUUAUCCUUGGUAACUGACAGACCUGAAUGGCCAUGUUGUCAGCAGCUGUUAUGCAAACCAUUGUGCUGUUGGUGUUUUGGGUACUGGGAACAUCGCUGGUGUUGCCAGACCCUGACACAGCUGGAGACAAGCUGACCGAAGAGCCAGUCCCAUGUUCCAAGGGAUGCACCUGUCUGCAUGACGACUACAGCUUGGAGCUCAAUGUGUACUGCAGCUCUCGUAACUUAACCCAAGUCCCAUCUGACAUGCCAGUGUCCACACAUUCCCUCUGGCUGGAUGGCAACUUGUUCACCUCUCUCCCAGCAUCAGCUUUUAAGGAUCUUGCCAACUUGGACUUUUUGAAUUUACAGAGUGGUCAGUUGGUGACACUUGACGCUCAAGUCUUCAAAGGGCUUCGGUCUCUAGCACACAUUCACCUUGAGCGAAAUCGCCUCCGCGCGUUACCAGGUACAAUCUUCCAAAACACACCUAACGUCGCCUCACUCAGUCUGCACAACAACCAAAUCUCUCGUAUCGAGGAAAGGCUGUUUUCCGGGCUCUCACAUAUGUGGCUUCUCAAUCUGGGGUGGAACUCAUUGGCAGUCUUGCCUGAGACAGCUUUCCAUGAUCUGCAUGGCCUACGGGAGCUGGUUCUGGCUGGGAACAGACUUGCUUACUUGCAGCCACAGCUCUUCCAAAGUCUCACGGAGCUUAAAGAGUUGGAUCUAACUGGAAAUUACCUGAAGGUCAUCAAGGCCAAUGUGUUUGUAAAGCUCCCUAAACUGCAAAAGCUAUACCUGGCCCAGAACCAGAUUGUGACGGUGGUUCCCAGAGCAUUUGUAGGCAUGAAGUCACUCAGAUGGCUGGACCUCACAAACAACAGACUAACUUCUCUCCAUGAUGAGACAUUCUUGAAUCUCCAGAGUCUUCAUGUGCUGCGUCUUUCCAACAACUCUAUCACAGGAAUUAGGCCCAGGACCUUUCGCGAUUUGCAGUAUUUAGAAGAGCUACGUCUCAGUUACAACAAGAUCCGCACCCUGGGAGAGAGGAUCUUCGAGGGGCUGGGUCAUCUGGAGGUCCUAGAGCUAGAGCACAACCAGGUACAAGAGGCACAGGUGGGUAGUUUCAUAGGCCUCUCUCAUGUGGCGGUCAUCAACCUGUCCGGAAGCUGUUUCCACACUCUGCCAGACCAAAUAUUCAAAGGACUCUCGAAGCUGCACAGCCUUCACCUGGACAGAGGCUGUCUAACCAGGAUCACAGCCCAAGCUUUCACUGGACUCUCUGGCCUGCGGAGGCUGUUCUUGCAGCACAACAACAUCUCUGUGGUGGAGCCCCAGAGCUUUGUCGACCUGGUGGGCCUGUUGGGGCUAGACAUGAGCUACAACAAGCUGGAGGCUCUCACCACCCCUACAUUCUCCGGCCUCAAGAAUCUGGAGUACUUGCUAUUGUCCAACAAUGUUUUUCUACAAAUUUUGCAGAACGGCACAAAGCAGCUACUGUCCAAGCUGCGCUAUCUUGACCUGAGAGAUAAUGCUUUGACCAACCUUUCCCCUGAUUUCCCAGAGAGCAUGGAAAAACUUUUGCUGUCUGGGAACCGCUGGAUCUGUGACUGUUCAGCCCUUCCACUGAGAAACUACAGCUUGAGGAAUCCAGUGGUGAUACCUCGGCGAGUGGAGACCCACGCAGAGGGCGAAGAGCCUGACACCACCGUCACCAUCUACAACAACAUAACAUGCAACAGCCCACCAAGUCUAGUUGGGCAAGACCUACGGGAUGUUGACGAUGAACACUUCCUCAGUUGCUGAGUGGACAAGUCAUUGACAUGGCUGCCAAAUCCAUUUGAUACAGUUCAAAAAGUUUUUGGGUGGUUAUCUUCAGUGUUUUGAACAACUUAAAUUCUAUUUCACAUCGCUAGUUUGAAACCAUUACACUGAUAUAUGUUCAUUUUUUUAAAUAGACAGUAACAAUGCAUACAAAGUGUUCAAAGGUAUAAUUUCACAAAGAUCUUUAGUAAUAAUAAUAAAUGCACCGCCUUACAACUGGAUAGAGGAAGUCAUUUUUUCAAACAGUAUUUUAGAGUGUCUUAAUGAUGUAGUUACUGUCAAAUGUGACUUGAAUAAGUAACUUGUAUUUCUACAGGUGUGGGAAAAAUCAAUUUGGCUUUUGCUGUGGACCCCAAUCUACAGGAAAACAUAGUUGAUUCAGUUUACACUGACAUAAGGUGAAAGAUGAACUGUAUAUAAUUUAAAUAAGAUGCAUCACUGAAUGUGUGGGAAUCCUGUGCAGUGAUAUAUAAAAAACUCAAAAGAGAAACAAGAACAGAAAAGGGAAACUAGCAAUCAUAUGGCACGUUUUUGUUUAUUUUUGUCAUGGUUAGGACAAGAACUAUUAGUACUGUGUUAUUAUGCACUUUGUAAAUACUGCAUUCAAUUUGAUUAUUAAAUUUAAGGCAUUAACCUAUAAAACACAAUUCAUUUCAUCAUAAUUUUCCGAAGAUGUAUCCAGGCUAAGGGGUUCUGUGGGAAAAAGUACAGGCAGGAG